GAGCGCUAUCGAUUGGUUCGGCGCUUUUCGGCGCGACUCUUCGGGAAAACCGACGUCUGCGAUAGCAGGAUGUUAUCGGCAGGGAUGCGAGUGGCAGCCACGAUACGUCUUGAGCGGAAAGCGCGAGUUGGACGAUACGUGGGAAGGUUUGCGUGAUUCGCUCAAAAUUAAAAGAAGAUAGACCGUUGAUGAUGUACUCUUGACUUCUUUAGAGAACAGCAAUCCAAUCACGUUAACAAAAACGGAAUCGUCUAAAAGUCAACAGGAUGAAACGUUUUAACCCUCACAUAUUCUUAAUCAUGUUUGGAGUACAUUUCUACCUUUACUCGUCUCUUCGUUGCUUAUGAAAGUUUGUUUUUUCUUGUCGUGGAUGGAUAUUUCUUCGCAGAUUAAGAUAUCACGUAAUCGAGGAUAAGGCUGGAAUGUGUGUCAAAGGCUGCCAGGAUCAACACCCAGAAGCCAUGCCGAGUAACCGAUCCGGUGGAAUCCCGCGGGACGUCAGAGUCGUUCGGUGUUUGACAAGAUUAUUGGCCCAGUAACGGCAACUCGCUACUAGAACCGGAAUGCCACAGAAGACCUCGCAGUUCCGUUGAGUGGUGUGCAACUGAAAGAGUCAUUUUUUUCUGUUUCCUUUUUUUUAUUUAUUACUGGGUUUUUUUUCUGGUUUCGCGCAUUCUUGUGGUGGGAUAGCUGACUCCUUAACGUUCUGACGGGCGCAGAGAGGAGAGAAGAAGCUGGUUGGAGUUAUUAUUGACUGACUUCAGCUCUGUCCAAGAAGCAUUGACUGUGCUUCAGAGGUUUCCCUCUCGCACAUGGCGAGUUUCGACACGCGGAAGGAUUUUAUGAGAAAGAACUCAUUUUGCACUUGCUAUUUAAGUGGCUGCUGCAGAGAAGCAUUGUAUAACAAUGAACCGGUUUUAAAAUGUUAUAAAAACUGCAAUAACAUAAAAGAAAUGAACGAAACGAAAGCACGGUUAAGUUUCUAGUUCCGUCCUGAAUACUUCUGUGUCUAAUAAUACAGUUCAUAUAUAUAUAUAUAUCUAUAUUGGAAGUGUAUGAAAUACGUUACUAUAAUUGUCAGGGACAUACGUUACAAGUGCAAGUUUUACAGUUCAUAUUUGUAUUGGAAGGGGACGAAGUACGUUAUUGUUGUCAGUUUUUGUACUGCAGAUUUGUAUUGAAAGUAAGCAACUUACGUUACUAGAGCAAAUUUUAAAGUUCAAAUUUGUAAAGGAAGUGAACGAUAUACGUUACUAUUUUAAUAAAAAAAAUUUAACUGCAAAUUUGUACUGGAAGCUAACAACCUACGUUACUGGUGCCAGUUGUACGGUAGAAAUACAUACUGGAGGUGAACGGACUGCGUUACUGUGUUAAGUUUUGUUUUGCAAAUUUGCACCGAAAGUGACGGUCCUACGGUACUACAGUAAAAUCCACAAUUUGUACAGUAACCAGCGACCUGCGUUUUUCGCUAGUUUUGUAUUCACAAUUUGUACAGCACGUUAACAACCGGCGAUCAAACCGUACCCACACGGGAGUGCAAGAAGUGUGUUUCGCUUACCGCGUUCUCUCCGUGCCACAAAACUAACGAAAGGGUUAGGAUGAAACAGGUCUCAGCAUCUGGUUCUGAUUACCUGGAUACUCACUGAUUUGUUAGACAAACACUUUGCUCAGCACACCAGGUCCCCCAGAGGUGUUACCAGGUGCCAGCAUUGUUACAGUGACCUCAUGAAUCGAGGCCCCAGCGGCGAAUACCUGCAUUGGCAAAUGGUGUUAAAUUGGCGGCGAGAAUAAUGGAUAUAUACCUGUUGGGACGGAUACCUUGUCAAGUGCUCUACUCCGUGCUCCGGACCCAGAGUCACCUGCUGCCUCUCCUCUAUCUCCUCUGGUUUGGAAUAGCAGAUUGCAGGGAUACGUUUUACCGGAAACACAAGAUCCCCGUCCCGCGAUUUCUGCCCGGCCCGACCAACAUCACGGUCAGAGAGGGAGGAAUGGCUGUCUUACCGUGCUCCAUACACAACCUAGGAACCAAGAAGGUGGCGUGGCGGCGAUAUCACGAAGACCACUUCCUGACAAUAGGGAAGAUGGUUUGGAUCAUGAACUCCAAGUACGUGGUCGACCACAAGCUGAAGGACAACGAUCACACGUCGUGGAACCUGCUGAUCAAGAACGUGACCCCGGCAGACGCCGGCAAGUACGAGUGCCAGAUCACGUCCACACUCGACUACACCUGGCACGUCCAGCUGAACGUCGUCGGUCCGCCGAUUCGGAAGCCAGGUCCAACCGGCGAACUGGUGGCGAAAGUUGGACGGUUCGGGGAAAGCGAUGCGAUACAACUGCUCGGUAAAGAAUUCAUAGAACACGGGGAUCCCGUGCACCUCGUGUGUAACGCAACGGGCGGAAGUCAUAUCCCAGAAGACAUAGACUGGUUCAAGGAAGGGGACAAGAUAGACUCGGAGAAGUACCCAGACAUCAUAACGACGAAGCGCCUCUCGCUGGUCGACCGGUCGUUGAUCAGUGAGCUGAUAAUCGACCACAGCAGCGUGAAGGACACGGGUACAUAUAUAUGCCGUAGUUCGAGGGACGAGAUAGCCAGUAAAAAAGUGACGGUCUUAAUCGCGGAUACAACGAACGUGAAACGCGGGACUGGAUCCUUACUGAGUACGAACAGCUCCGCCUGGAUUCCCACCAACAACAACGUCAUGCUGUCCCUCUUCUACACGUUCACCGUCACCACACUCAUCAGCGGCGUCAUCUCGUGACAUUGACUCGCAUGCCGCGACUUCAUUAUUAAUUUAUACUACUGACGUCAUCAUCGGCUGAGGAGCGGCUGAAAAACAUUGGGCUGAUAGUGAUACGGAAGAUCGCACCAGACAAACGAUAUCUGAUUGGCUGCUGGUGUUUAUUUUUAGAUAUUGUGCUAGUGACGUCAUCCACAUAUUUCUGUAAGUGAAUGAAUACAUUGGAAUGACAAGCAAAAAUGAUGUCGGAACAAAAAGUGAAGGUCACACAAUAAUUGACUAUUGAAACUUUAUUAUCGUAAUGCUACUAACGACGUCAUAAUGUUUUUGUGAGCGAAGAAAUACAAUGCAUUGAACAUACGAGAAGUAACAGCAUCCGUCAAUACAAACACCACGUGGCUGGCUGCUAAUGCUGUAUAAUAAUACUUGUGACGUCAUUAUCUGAAUUUGAGAGCGAAUGAAUACGCUGGAAUGGCGAUAUCACCACACGCGAUAGAAAAUACGAUACCAGAGAGUUUGACGAACUAGUACCUUAUUUCUAAGCGAUAUUGAGAAUACAACCACGAUAACAAAUAGAAAUUAUUCUUUGUUUUGUGAUUAUUUUAGGUGUCCAUACUUCGAGUCAGAUGACUUUGGGAUUACAAACAUUCGUGGACGCCAAAGUCAUGUUUGGAACGUCCUAUUAUGAAUCCAAAAUCAUAACCAGUUUCGAAAGUCCUGUUAUGGGUGGCAAACUUAUGACAUGUUUGGCGUGUCCUGUUAUCGACUUCAAAAUCAUAACAGUUUCAGAAGGUCAUCAUAUGAACUCACAACGUGUCAUUCUGAUAUUCAGACAAUCACAGUCCGCUAACGAUAUUAAACAUUCGUCUUCUCGGUGUAAAGUUUACGUGCAGUAUAUCAUUAAUAACGUCUUAAGACUCACGUUUUUAGAGACAAACCAAUACAGACCUAUACCUGCCGUGCAACUGACGUUUAUUGUGUUGUCGCUACGGUCUCAAUCUUCUAGAAAACUCAGAUCUCUGGGUAGUGGCACUGCAUGCAUGAACGACGAGUUGUGUUAAGUAAGGCGUGGACGAAUUGGUGCCUUAUCUACCACGUGCUGAUGUGACGUCACACAAGAGAUGCGAUGACGUGGAGGAACAAUUUAUAGGCGCAUAAUCAGGUUUUCUGGACGAUGAUGAAUCGUGAUAAAACUAUUAGCUACCACUGGUAGACAAAGCCAGAAUCGCCGUAAAGAGUCUGUUUUGUAUUUAUUUGUACAGAUUCGUGACAGUGACUGCUGUAAACAAAUAAAUAGGACAUAAUUACUGUCGGACCUCAAUGCACCAUUAAUGAUGGCUGUACGAAGUUCUAGAAAUAUCAAUCACCAUGGCCAACCGACGGCGAGAAUGCAUCGUGUGUCAGUGGAUGCGCACACCGAGUAGGCGCUAAAACUUGAGGUAUCGUCGAACAAUGUUGAAUUAUCGACAAGUAUGGGGUGUUUUGCUAUGACGUUGUGGGUUUUAUACUGAGAAACACACGCACACAUCACUAUAUCGCGUAUUCGAAAUAUGAAUGUUCGAGAAUCGCCGGUAUUAACUAUAUUCUUUAAGAUAAUGCGGGUGUUGAAGACAUUACAAUUUCGAGAUAUCGAUUUUUGUUUUAUUUAUAAGCGACAAGAAAUAUGAAGAAAAGCGGUGUGUGUGUGGGGAGCUUGAUCAACUGCACUAUUUUGAGUCGUUGUCUUUCUGUCAUGCUUAUUUUUAAAUACAAUAUAUUUUAAUGAGACCGAUAUCAAGGCUAAAAGUCGGUAAGAAAACUAAAUCCAAUAUGUAGGAAUUUGUAGUUUGGAUCUGAUAUCGGAUGAGAGGUUUAGUUAUCUGAUGUCAUAGGCCAUAAGCAAUGUUUAGUGAUAUUACGUCAGAUGUCACAUGUUUAGUGAUCUAACGUCAGAGGCCAUAGCAGUGUUUCAUCAUCUGACGUCAGAAGCCGUAGCAUUAUUUCAUCAUUUGACGUCAGAAGCCAUAGCUUUGUUUCAUCGUCUGACGACAGAAGCCAUAGCUUUGUGUCGCCAUCUGACGUCAGAAGCCAUAACAUUGUUUCGUCAUCUGAUGACAGAGGCCAUAACAUUGUUUCGUCAUUUACAAAGGGGGAGGGGGUUGGCAAGAUGCUAAAAUGCCAGUCUUGUAGUUUUUAGUAUCAAAAAUAUGUAUAUAUAAUGUUUACUUACAUAACUUCAUAUAUCAUACAAAUGCGAGCCUAAUGAAACUAUUGCCAAAUCGAAAUGGAAGUAUAUUUGGUAUAUUUCUUAGGCUCGUUUGUUUGUUUGCUUAAAAAAAUUUUUCCAUCACAUCACCCGUGUUUGUGUAUACAAUGUCAUUAAUAUAUAUAUUUGUAUAGUAUAUUGACGUCAUUUUCAUUGUCUGUAACAUUGUGCUCAACAAUGCUGAAUAUUGCCAUCAUCAAUAAAAUCAAAACGACUAAACCGCAUAACUAUUAUUAAAAACUUUAAUUGUUGCGUAAUACAACAAAAAAUACUGCAUAAAUAUCAUGUUUAAUACACUUAAGACAUUCGCGUUGUUUCCGAGGCUACCGAUUACUGACAUUAGUCGAAAUGUUUUGGCAUGUUUUCUGAUUCAGUUAGUCUCGAUCGCUCAUAGACUGUUGUAUUCGCCUGUCUCGAUAAGCUCUGAUUCUAAACCAGGACUGUGAGAGAUAUACACUGGACCAGUGGUAGGCGCUACCAUCCAUGCAGAAUGAAUUGUUGAGUUGAGCAGUAGUAGCCGUACGAACAUCAGGGCUCAAACUUUGACAAUACGCUCAGGAAUCCAGUAACGUCGUGUUGACCCCAACUAACUUAAAGGUAUAUUGUCAUAGUACCAAGUGCCAUAUUCCUAUACGAUCUCAAACAUGGGGCAGAUUACUGCAGGUCAUUGAGACAUUUUAUUGUGACCUACUUUGUAGUCGCGAUGGAUAUGGAACAUCGAAAUGCAUUGGGACAUUAUAUUUGCACCCGUUCUGCCUCGGAGAAUGGUUUACUGCACAUUUUCUUGCAGCCAGGCCCAAGUAAUUGCAAAAUGGACUAGUGCUGUUUCAAAACGAUCCCUAUAGAACAAUAACUUGAGGAAAAUAAAAGCACUCCAAUGCAAACUAUAUAUUAUUUAUUAUGGUAUAUAUUAAUAAUUUCAUUUCUGAACAUUUAAGUUCUAAUGUUUUUAAUUUACGAAUGCGACUUACGCCAUACAUAUACAAUGAUCAAAAAUACAUGAUCGUUUUUUGUUAGGUUUUUUUUGGUAAUUUCAGAUCGGAAUUCGCUUUUUGUUGUAUUAAUCAAAUUGCUAUAAACGUUUUAUUCUUACUAUUAUUUAUUUAUUUUAUUUUUGUUUUAUGUUGUCAGCGCAGGAACUUAUUUAAUUAUCAAUGAAAAUUAUUGCAAAAAGUGUCAUUGCAAUAUACCAAUGUUGGUUUAUUCCAGCAGUAAAGUUGUCAGUUCACUUUAGGAGUUAGGCCCCCCUCCCCUCACACACACACAAAAGGAAAGAAAAAAGAAGCGAAAAAAAAGAAGCAUGGAUUGCACAGAAAAAGUGGGUUUAUUUAAGGGUUUUACGGCUCUUCGUCUGCCUUGGUCCAUCCUCAAUGGCCAUGGUGCCCCCUCCUUUACAUUGGUACCCUAAAUAUUUUCCUAGCGAGUAGCACGGGGAUGGGGGUAUGUACAACUCGCAUACGUUACUCCUACAAAAAUCGACGUUAUACCGUGGGAAAUAACAAAAUGUUGACCCUCGAUGGUCAAAAUUGACACGCGCGCUGACCAGAAACCAGAAAUUGAUUUUGUUUGGGCUUAAGAUGGGAUGGGAGACAUUUGUUUUAUUCAUUGUUAACAUCUACUGCCACAAUUACAGUAAAACAAAGUGGGUCAGUGUAUGCAUUUUGAACCUUUAAAGUAAGCAUCACAAUAAUACAAGAAACCAAAGAGGAAUCUUGUUGAAGCUUUAACUUUGGAAACCAAAUCAUUCAACUGGUUAAUGAAACUUGUACCAGAUGGUUAAAUAUCACGCAUAUAGUUAUAAUGAAACUUGUCCCAGAUGGUUAAAUAUCACGCAUACAGUUAUAAUGAACCCUCUUGCGAACAGACACUUCAUUUCAUUUAACAUUUUGUCAGCGUUACUCCCAAUUACGGUUCAAGCACGCUGUCAUAAACACACAUGCCAGCUAUUUUGGCUAGAAAGAGAGAAUGAGAUAGAGAGUGAGAGUUGGUGAGUGAGAGAGAAAGAUAGAGGGGGAAGGGAGGGAUCGGGGGGGGGGGGGGGGGUUGGUUAUUCCCAUCCGUACCAGGUUGCGAACCAAGUACGUACCAUCUUAAGUCCGACGACUUAACCAGUAUGCCGCCGAGGUCAGUAAGGACAAACAUAUCAGGUACCCAAGAUCGCGAUACUGAAACGUAACCGAAAAAAAGAGUUAACUUAAUAAUGAGUUUAAUAUUUAAUAAUGUUUAAGUCAGGGUUUUACGUACUAAUGGUGAUGACGUCCGGAUUAAGCUUAACUUUAAAUAUGUGAUAUGUAUUUCCGUUAGUAUCAUUUACAACACAUUCAUCAGACGAAACAAGCAACACCAGUCUAAACCGAGGAAACGGGAAUCUUGUGAAAAUCGGCAAAGUUUCAUUGUUCCAGAUUUUCUAGAUCUGAAAAUGUGACCCUCUAAACAUUGGGUCCUCUCUAAAUCCAAUAAAGUUUACAUUCUCAGCGUGAUCCGGUUUAGACCAGUUUCACUGUGAUCAUAUUUAGUCGCCCCACAACAACAAUUCUUCAUGACAUUCACCCGGAAAUAGUACACAUGGACGCGAAGGAAGGAUUAAAAGUCUAUGCUCCACGGGUAACGAGAAAAAAAGGGGCUAAUUUGUGGUUCCUCGCCAUCACCUUGAGUGGCCUAAUGCAAUAAAGCCUUCUAAUGGAGUCCCCUAAAGAAUUCAUUAGCUUCAAUAUUCACAAGAAAGCCAUUAAUCACCGGUUGUGUCCCUUGGAUGAAAUUAGUCCGAUAUUUACUGUCCGAGAUCGCAACAGGUCAAACUCUCGGGGUCUCUAAUCGCUUGACAGGUCGACUGGUGACCAUCGAUUCCGGUGUCAAUGUGGUAUUACGAGUGGUAAUUUACUGACUUGAUUUACGUUAACUCCCUUUAAAGGUUCUCCGAGAACAAAUCAAUUCCCAUUGCCGAUAAUGUUAACAUUUUCUAGCAAACUGUAUGUAAUCUGUGUGGAUACACCCAGUAUACAUGCGCGCCAACAUUUAAAUAAUAUUGCGGCUUUGUGAGUAUAUUUUAGAAUACAUCUCAUUGAUUUGAUAGGAUUUUUGACCACGCUGGACUUGUCAGUCUUUAGAAAACGUAAGCCUUCACUAAAAUCCAAAUGGCAAAGGAAACUUUUGAAGUUUUGUUUACGGAAUGUGAAACCCAGAAACAAAUUCAAUGGGACCAGAUUUUAUAAAACUACUAUGUUUAGCAAGAAAGCAUGUCCAGUCAGGAACUCUUCAGUUAAGCCAAAUGACCAACUAUGUUUAAAUACACCAGUUCAACCCCCUGGCUAUAACAUUGUCUAAUGGAAUCGCUAUCAACCGAUACAAGUCUCUUCACCAAUUGUAAUACGGCAGUAGGCCAAGUCUUCGAUUUGUCUGACUCCACACUCAUGCGUAACCUAAAGUUGAGAAGAACCAACGACAAUUGAACAAUCACUACUUAAAUAUAAAAAUUAUACCAGAUAUUAAACCAUUUACUCAGAUUUUUCUGUUUUUAAUAUUAUUAUUAUAUUUUUAUUUUCGUUUAGUUUAGUUUUUCAAUUGCGGCUAUUAGAUGAUGUUUUGACUUGAACCAUUCAAACAGUAGUCAUUUCUGAGACAGUUAUUUUUCAAAGACAGUUUUUCAAAGGCCGCUCUUUGAAUUCCGUUCGUAUUACAAAGUUGUUUUUUGAUUUACCGCCGUUUUUAAAAUAUGUAUACGCGACACGUGUUUGCUAAGUUUUAACAUCAUUACGCAUAUAGUCAGUUAGACAUGUAUUAAUUUCUAGCGAUGUCUUCUUUGAAGGUUUCCAUCGGAACAUAACAAACUGCUCCAACAAAACGUCUUGACAACGGUCUUUACAUAAACAUUUAUAGCGUCUGGACGCCGGCUGACAUAAACUUUAUGGUGGCUGUAAGCGGUUAUCUGCGCACAGGAAAACGCACUUUGAUCGUAAUUUCACAUAAAGAAGACACUAAUUAAACAUUGGAAAACGAGUCGAACGAAAGUCGAAAUGAUUAGAAGUAGACCCACAUGUUUGCUAAUAAAUAUAACUAUAAACUUAUAAACUCUCUCUCUCUCUCUCUCUCUCUCUCUCUCUCUCUCUCUCUCUCUCUCUCUCUCUCUCUCUCUCUCUCUCUCUCUCUCUCUCUCUCUCUCUCUCUCUCUCAGUAUGGUAUCAAUAGAUUUCUGUCAACUCUUAUGAGUUUAUCCAGUUUUAUAUGCUUAUUUGCACAUGUUUAUAGUUUGGUUUUCUGAAAUCCGUUUUAUAACAGUUAUCAACUGUUGUAGUCUGUUUUUUAUUUAGUUAUUUACUUACGUUUUAAAUUCUUAUUCAGCACAAAUCACAAAUGCAUUUUCAUCAUGUUAUUACAGUUAUAGUCUAUGUUUUAAUACAGGUGAACUGUUAAAAUAUUACCCGUGUGUAUAAUCCCCAUGGUCAUGCGUGCAUUUCCUGUUCGAGUUGUAUGUAAUAACGUAUUUAAUUUAUCGAGGGUCAACCUGUGAACGUGUAAAUACAUCCACGUUACAUGUUGUGUAAAUAUCAAUCUAUUUCAUAUUAAAAGUUCCAAAGUGAAA